UUACCAGUGCUCAAAAGCGCGCAGCACUUUUCCUGAUGUUUUUGUUUGGUUCUCAAAUAUAACUAAAACCCAAUCUAAAGAAGUUCCUGCGUUAAAUCUAAACGCAACUUAAAAUCAAAAAAUAUAUAUACCCGCCAGAGUAUGAAAUCUUAAAUAAAAAGAACCAGGAUAAUGAGCUCCAAUACCUGUGAUACCUGUGGAAAACAGUUUUCCAAGCCCACUUUUUUAAGACGUCACCAGGUGGUCCACACCAAGGAUAAGCUUUUUGCCUGUGACUUUUGUUUUCGAUCCUUUUCUCAGUUAAGUUCUUUACAACGUCACAAACGCUCAAAUCAUUCUGAAAAUGAGACCCUUAAAUGUCAUUCCGUUGUGGAGGAUGCUGACCAAGUUGUCCAUCAAGCUCUUACUGCACUGCGAAGCCUGCAAAGCGGAAUGGAUGCACCAAGUAGCCACCGAUCUGCAAAGGAAUUGCCAUUGUCAUGUCAACUUGUGGAGCUGAGACCUGAGACAUCCUUAAUGAACCAACGAUCCCAGCUUCCUGUCAAUAAAAAAUAUUAUGUUUGCGAUUUAUGCGGAAAGGAGUUCUGUCAGCUGCAUGAUCUUAUAAGACAUAGGCGGUCGCAUCCUAAAGAAAAAGCGUAUCCUUGCCUCGUAUGCCUCAAACUAUUUGCUACAAAAUCUUAUUUAAUCGAGCACAAAAAACAAAUGCAUAGAAAAGUCAAGAAACAUAAGAAAGAGAUAAAUUUGCCUUUUCAAGACCACUUUUUCAAAAGAAUUUAUAAAUGCUUAUAUUGUGAGAAAAUGUAUAAGCAAAAAUUCAACUGUCGGCGACAUAUGCUAGUACAUUUUUCCCAAAGAUGGUUUAAAAAUGGAACAAAAAAACGGAAAAUUAUAAAUAAAAAUUGUGAAACUUGCGGAAAAUCUUUUAAAAAGUCAAAUGAUCUCAAGAGGCAUAUGCUAACUCAUAGCCGGAUUAGGCCACAAACCUGUCAUGUGUGCCAGAAAUCAUUCAGCCUUAAAGCCACUCUUUCCAGACACAUGUUAGUCCACCAAAUGCAGCGUCUUGGGGUAAAUUGUCAAGUUUGUGGAAAGUCUUACAGCUCCAAAACAGCUCUACGAUUACAUUUGCGAAUCCACACCGGCGAACGGCCCUUUAUUUGCGAAAUAUGUCAACAGACUUUUCGAACUUCGGGUCAUAGGUUGGAGCACAUGCGAGCAGAGAGGCAUAGAUCGAAACCGACAUCAACAAUUUUGUGUUAGUGGCUCGAAACCUUCUUAAAAACCUUUGUGCUAAAGGUUCCCAUUUAAAAAUUAAUUAAUAAAGUAACCAUGAGAAGAAAACUGACACUCAUCGGAUUAAUCCACUUUACAUACAAUUAUAAGAUAAAAUAUUGUCUGUUUAUACUAUUUUAUAUCUAUUUCAUAAGAAAAUUUAAAUAUCUGUUUAAGUUUCUGAAUCUGUAUUGAUGGUAUUAAAGAUUAUUCAAAAACUAUACCACAUUAAGAAACAUGUAAAAGCUCUUUUAAUCAGCGACUAUUAUGCUAUGAG